ACCCAAAAAAGUUGAAAAGGAAAUCUUUACUUAGCCAAUCUCCAGAAUCAUCAGCCUUCUUAUUUGGGUCAUCACUUCCUCAUUACUCUUUACUUGUAGGCCUUUACUUUAUUAGGUUAUAAGCACAGAAUGUCUGUUAACCAAACAUAAAAUCAGCAACUAACAUCACAUUCCUGCCCUUCUCUCACCGGCCAUUUAUAACUGUCGCCAGUAAUGGGAAUAAUGAAUGAAGAAGGAGACUGAACAAAAAACAGCGCAGGGAACAAAAGCCCAUUUACUGUUUUCAAGUAAAGAUCUUUUCUUGUGUCCGACCGGGCAUUCAUUCACGAGAAGCCGGUCAAACGCGAGGGUUUCAAUAAGAUCCUUCGGACUAUAGACAGACCUCUUCGUUGUUUUAGAAUUCACGCAGGUUUGCUUUAAAAUCUGAUGCUCUCCAUUUCAUAGAGUCUGUAAUGCUUUUCUUCUUUUUGCGAUGAAGAUUCAUCAAGGGCGGAGAAAUUAGGAUUGGGCUCAAGCCCUUUCGUGGGCAAUCCUCAAGCGCGGAUUGUUCAUUACAGAAACUAUAUAAGCAAAGGCUUUUGUGAGGAGUCGGAGAUCUAGAUGAGACUGGAGGCGAGAAAGAGAAGUGGGUUGCUCUGUGUAUUGAGUUUCAUGGGGAUAUCUGUGUCUGGGGUUGAUUGUUUUGACAUCUGAUUAGAGUAUCUGUGAUGGAAUUGGGCGAAGCGGAUGGCACGGUCCUUUUGGAGGACACAAGUGCCUCCGAUCCGAACUGUUCCUAAAAUUUCGUUGAAGCGAGGUAGCCAUUCUCAGAGGGGAACACGGGGUAAACGAAGCAGCAGUAGCAGAAGAAAACGAUCUGGAGGCUCUGGAUCCGGCAAGAUAUCUGAAUCCCAAGAAGAGGGCGCUGGAGGAAAGGCGCGGGUUUGGGCAGAUAUUUAGCAUAGAUUCAUCACCAUAUUCGUCGGAGAAGAACGGAGAGGAGAAAAAGCUACAGCAACGAAAAAGGCAAUUUGUAGGUGGAGGGAAUGAAGAUCCAGGGCGCUAUACAUGGCCUGGAACAGCAACAGCAGUAGCAAUAUCGCACGAUCAAGCACAGUUAAUGCCGUAUGAUGAUUUCGGGACUUUGGUAGUACAGAGGAGCGAAUCUUCGUCUUUAUCCAGUCACAGGAGGACGGGUGCCUUAGAUUCUGUGAAAAAUGCUUCGGAAUUGGCACGGAGAAUGGCUGAGAAGGAUUCUCACAAACCGACCCGUGGAAGGCAGGCGGGAGCCAAUAAUCCCAGGGUACCGCCGCCAAUGGGCGAAAUAGUGGAAGUAGAGGGCGGUCACAUAGUUCGGUCCACAGGCCGUAAAGAUCGACACAGCAAAGUCUACACAGCCAAAGGCCCAAGAGAUCGACGCGUCAGGCUCUCUGCAUCCACUGCCAUUCAAUUCUAUGAUCUCCAAGACCGAUUGGGCUAUGACCGUCCCAGCAAAGCAGUAGCCUGGCUGAUUGAGAAAGCAAAAUCCUCCAUUGAUGAGCUCGCAAAGCUUCCCCAAACCCGUAUUCCGACCUCCCAGCCCAAACCCACCCAAAGCAAAGACAAAGAGCCAGCAGAUGGAAGCCCAAAUGAAGCCCAAUCAAGUGCAACAGCGACCUUCAAAGCCGAGCAUUCCCGAGCAGUAGCCAGAGAACGGGCCAGGGAACGAGCCAAAGAGCGCACUCAGGAACGAGAUUCCAAAUCUCUUCCCCAGCCUGUAUACGCUGAUCUGAACCUGUUUUCAAACUCCAUGAUACAGGCUGUGCAGUUACAGAACGCUGCCUCUAAAGGCUUCACGACCGGGCAGAACACCCAAAUCUUCCACCCUCCUCUUCAAAUGGAUAAUAUCUCUCCAGAUUCAAUCUCAAGAAGCCUUAAUCUAGAGCCCUCUUCUCUGCCUCACCAGUCAUUUUACCAGUCCUUGCUUGCACAAACUACCCAGGCGGUACAGAAUUUUAAUCCCCCAGAAACUUCUCACUUCGAUUCCUCCGCAGUAGUCUUCAGCGAGGCAGAUAAUUCAAACAUGGCCAGAAACAACCAGAGCCUGUUUUCUUGCUCGGCUGCCCCGGCAUUCCAGGUCCCAUUCAUUGCAAUGUCCGAGCAGCAUAACCAUGAGUUUGGCGCGCAGCAGCCCAACAGAAUAUUAAGACCUCCAUGGAACAACAGCAGCAUGAGCUUAAGCAAUGCAGCAGCAGAUCAUUUUGGUGCCUAUUCGGGGCUUAAUAUUCGAGGGCAUUGCCAGCCGCAAAACUCAUACACAGUUAGGGGAACCCUUCAGUCCAGUUCAAGUCCCGUUCGCGUUCGGCCAUUGCCGUCAGCUCGCGACCUUGCCGCCGCUUCCGCCGCCGACCAACUCCUGCUCAACAUGGCGACCACUUCCGGCGGCAAUUUCUCGGGCUUUCGGAUUCCGGCGCGAAUUCAGGGCAUCGACGAGCACGACGAUGUAAAGCCGUCGGCUGCCUCGUCAAAUUCUCAGCUCUAGUUACCAGCUCUUCUCCCGCAGGAACAUCAAGAAUAUGCCGUCUAAUCUGCUCCCCGAGCAUUGGAGGCUUCAGCAGAUCUUCUCUGCACUGGUGUGGAGAGACUUGGCGCUACGAGACUGAGAAUUAAUAAUUUAGACCUUCGAUUUUAUCAGCAGACGUGUGUUUAAAUUGCAUUUCUUGAACUUAAGCUUUGGAAGAUUGGACAGUUUUUUUCUGCAACUUGUGAUCAUGAUAAUGAUACAUAUAAAUUUUACGAUUUCCUUUUAUUGUUGUUGGCUUGGUGAGAUUUCCAGCCCUGCCUGCCUAUUUCUUUAUGGGAUUUUGAAAUCUGGCUGCGCAGAUGAGUUCGUAAUUUGAAGCGUGCAAAGGUUGUAAAUUUGCUUGUUAUUGUGGCUGAAUUUGUUUGUGCCACUGUUUCUGAAUUUGUUUUCUGUGUUGAUAUUCUAUUCUUUCCCGUUUCAUGCCCGUCCGAUCAA